AUGAUGUUGGGUAGACGCAUGCCAAUUCUUCGCUUUUCAAUGGUUGGUUUGAGAUACUAUCGUGGUACACAUGGUGUAGUGGUGGUGUACGAUAUAACGAAUGGCGAAUCGUUUAGCAAUGUAAAGCGAUGGCUGCACGAAAUAGAUGCCAACUGCGAGAGUGUUCAAAAAAUUCUUGUGGGCAACAAGAAUGAGGAUCCUCAGCGUCGAGUUGUACUCGAAAGUGAUGCGAGGCAAUUCGCCGAUACGAUGCAUAUUCGAUUUUUCGAAACGUCAGCCAAGGAAAAUACUAACGUAGAAGAGGUUAGUGUUUUAUUUGGUGGAGGAUCUGGAUAUGGUGUAUAG